GAGGAGUCAUUUGUGGCAAUUUUUGGCGCAAGACUUCGGCUCAAGCCAUUUUGGCUCAAGCCGCCUGGUUCAAGCUAUACUAUUCAAGGCGGGAGGAAAUUGAAUACGUAUGAUCCUCUUGCGCUGCCGUCAUUCCUACCGUUUCCAUGCCAGUGUUUCUGGAUCAUUUCUGUUCCCGCAUUGGAGGAGUGGGUACUUCGAUGGUGAUGGCAGCGCUUUCUUAAGUAAGCAACGCAAUAUCGUUGCCCCGUGUCUGUCCAUUGCGGCAAGUGUGUCGAACGAGUCAGUUUCGGUUCUCGAUGAGUUCCAGCGCAUAUACGGCGGCUUUACGUACGCGAACGGGUCAGCACAUAACGAAAUCCAAACAAUCGCCCAGUGUAUGGCUGGACAAUUUCAGGACCUGCGAUUUUUCCUGCUCUGGAGAAUCUUAAGUGCGGUUUGAACAUCAAGCGGCCUCAAGCCGAUCUUCUGUUGUCUGGGAGGCAUUUGUUUCCAGGAAAGCGAGGGGUUGCUGUAGGCGAUGCCACAAGCCGAGCAAGGCUUGAUUUACAGGAAGCGCUGCGCGCUCUCAGAUGUGAAGCAGUUUCUGUUAGUGAAUACCAUCGUCGCUUUUUGACAUUCUGCCCUCUUUGGGAGCACAGGUAUGCUUACGCAGCGGGUUUUUGCGAUGCUGAGGGGUGCUUCGAAUGUUGGGCGAGUCCGGACCAGCGGCGCCACUAUUACAGGGUCACCAUCGCCCAGAAGAGCCGCACAUUCCUUCAGGCGUUCAAACAGAUUGUGCUGGGAGGGAUGGGGACUAACGUGUACACUCAGCCUGCUGGAUACAGCUCUAUGAGCAUCUGUGCUGCAGGUCAAGUGCAGGACUUCUGCAGGCGCAUCCAGCCAUAUUCUUUUCUGAAGGCACGUCAGGUGGAGUUGAUACUCUCUGAGCCUCCAAGUGCGAAGGCUAAGCGUGUGCUUCAGUCCAUGCACGGAAAUCAAGGGUCGUGGAAUCCAGCCGUGCCGACAAGGGCCGUCCAGGAGGCUCCAAAAGAGCGGAAAUUUCCAAGGCCCUACAUAGGCCCCAAAGCGGGCGUCCUCCUACCUUCCCUUUCUCCCCCUCACGAGGGCCAGUCUUUCUGAAGCUCGAGCCCCUGAAAGCAUGCUUCUGGCGCCGGGCCAAUGGAAACAUGACUGGCG